AUGUGCAGAACGAAAAUGGCCGUCGACGCCGCCGCUCCCACCUCCCGCACUCGCUCUUCCUCCUCCACCUCCCGAUCUCGCCCCGCUCAGUCUCCCCGUACUCCGCAAACCCCCCGGCAGCGACUGACAUUCACCGCCGGCGUCGGCACCGGCCCCACCUCCUCCUCCUCCUCCUCGUCUUACUACUACUCAGAUCCUUCCUUCUCCUCCGGCGCCAAUUACACAGGAGGCACCUCCUCCUCCUCCCUCUCCAGCCGGACCUCCCUCUCCAGCCUCCGCGACUCCCUCUCCCAAAACCCUCACAUCUACGACAUCUCCGAGAUCCGACGCGCCACCAACAGCUUCCUCGCCAAGCCCUACUCCCCUUCUUCCUCCUGCUGGCGGUGCACGCUCCGCGGCAGCGACACCAUCGUCUUCCAGCGCAAGUUCCGCCGAAAGAUCGAGAUCGACCAGCUGAAGGAGCUCCUCUCCGUCAUCUGCCGCAGCAACCACACCAGCGUCGUCAGGCUGCUCGGCGCGUCCACCUCCGGGGACCACAUUUACCUCGUCUACGAGUUCGUCAAGGGGGCGAACCUCGCCGAUUGCCUGAGGAACUCGAGGAAUCCCGAAUUCACGGUGCUCUCCACCUGGAUUUCCAGAAUCCGGAUCGCGACCGACCUCGCACACGCGCUCGAUUACGUCCACAACAAGACGGGGCUGAACAUGACUCUCGUCCACAAUCACUUCACCAGCAGCAGCGUCAUCGUCACGGAUCCUUCCCUCAACGCGAAGAUCUGCCACUUCGGGGCCGCGCAGCUCUGCGGUGAAGGCGGCGACGGCGGGGGAGGGAGGAAACCUAGUUCGAAAAUCACGACUCUGCGAGAGAAGGGGGAAACCGCUGGAGCGAGCGAACGGGCCGAAUUGGCGAGAUCCGACAGCGGAGAGAUGCAAUUCCAAGGCGUGCGGGGCUACAUGUCGCCGGAAUUCCAAGCCACGGGGGUCGCGACGCAGAAAUCGGACGUGUACGCUUUCGGCGUGGUGAUUCUGGAGCUCUUGUCCGGGGAGGAGCCGAUGAAGUACAGGUACGACAAGGCGAAAGGCAGUUACAUACGGACGACGCUGAUCGAGACGGCGACCGGCGAUGACGGCGGAGGAGGAGGAGGGGGAAGGGAGGGGAGGGUGAGGAAGUGGAUGGAUGGGAGGCUGAGGGAUUCUUUCCCGGUGGAGGUGGCGGAGAGGCUAGUACGGAUAGCGCUGGAGUGCGUACACGUGGAAGCAGAUAAGCGGCCGGAUAUGGGACGCGUGGCGGGGAAGAUAUCCAGAUUGUAUAUUGACUCGGUGAAAUGGAGCGAGAGUAUGAACAUGCCUACUGACCAAAUUUCUGUUUCAUUGGCACCCCGGUGA